UGGAGCCACGGGGGACCCCGUGCGCCACGGCCACCAGGACCCUGCAUGUGUCGUCACGGCGGUUGGCGCCCCCGGCACUCCUGUGGCUCCUCACCAAGCCCCUGCAGAAGCUGGUGGCCAUGAUCCUGGGCAGUUCCUGAAGAAGCUGAAAGCACGUGGAGUGAAACAUCGCACAUCAUGCCAAACGACAACUGGUGACACCCGAGAACACAUCGGAGGGAAAGUAUUUUAAUCGGUGCAUAUUAUCUAUGCAUGGAUCAAAAGCGUAGACAUUAACUAAGGAAAUGGAACAAACAAUGAAAAGCACGCAAAGAAUCGUGGCGAGAUCCAUUUUUGGUAUUGUAACCACAGAACAAAAGUGGAGUACGUUGAUUAUAGAAUGUACACCAGAUAGAGGCAUCAUGCUGACCAUUAAGAAACUAUACUGGGCUUGGGCAGGUCACAUUGCUCGCAGAGGUGAUGCCCUUGGUUGACACCAGUGACCAACUUGCUAAUCGCACCUCCGAUUAGCACGGUUGGCUACGUGUGUUGCGUAAAAGAAGUUCAACAUAAUGACGAAGUGGCAGCCAAAAGAGAGAGCAUGCCUGAGACAACAUCCGCCGUAGAAAAAUAUAACAAUUACAUCGGCUCGAGAAUUGUAGCAUCGCACAAUUGUGUGUAGGCCAUCGUCUGGUUGCGGGCCGAUUUACGACCGACGACGAUCCUCCCGUGCAGGAGCCUCCGCAAGUGGUGGCAGGGCCUCCCGCAAGACAAGCGCACCCUGCUGCGGGAGUGGGCGUCGCGAAACCGCGGGCGGAUCGCGAUGGUGGUGCUCGGCAUUGGGGGCCUCUCGGUGGCAUUCUACGUGACGCACCUGGACGAGACACCGUUGACGGGGCGCCGGCGGCUGCUAAUCUUCAGCUCCGAGCAGUUGACCUGGCUGUCCGAGAUGGAGUACAACGAGACAAUAGAAGAGUACAAGGACAACAUUCUGCCCGAGAGCCACGCGGCUCACAGGGCGGUGGCUCUCGCUGUGCAGCAACUGGUGGAGAGGAACCAGGACGUGGCCCAGGUGGCGAGCACGCCCUGGACGGUCAGCGUGGUGGACCUGCCCAAAGCCAACGCCUACGUGUUGCCCAAUGGACAGAUCUUUGUGUUCACGGGCAUGCUGGAGAAAGUGGCCAACGCCGACCAGCUGGGCAUCGUGCUGGGUCACGAGAUGGCCCACGCCGUCCUGGGACACGCGGCGGAGAAAGCGAGCUUCCUGCACUUCAUAGACUUUUUCUCCCUGGUUUUUAUCACGAUAAUUUGGGCCGUGCUGCCGAGAGACUGGCUGUCAGCGCUGGGGCAUUGGGCUCACAGCCAGGCAAUGCAGCUGCUGCUGGACAUGCCCUACAGCCGCCAGCUGGAGAGGGAGGCCGACGAGGUGGGGCUCAAGCUCGCCGCCAAGGCCUGCUUUGACGUCCGAGCCAGUGUUGCAUUCUGGGAACAGAUGCACACGUCGGAGGAGGAGGGUGUCAUGCUGCCCGAGUGGCUGUCGACUCACCCCUCGCAUGAGCAGCGGGCGGCUCACCUCCAGCGCCUGCUGCCUGAAGCGAUCAAGCUGCGCGAGGCGUGCAAUUGCCCGGCACUCGCCAGCCUAGACCCGCGUCUCAUGCUCCGGAUCCUCAAGGCGGCCAUCUCAGGCCCGGGUGGCCGCCAAGCGGUGGCGCCCGCCCUGGCCGCCGUGCCCAUCCUCCCGGUCGGCGUGGCAACCAUCGCGGAGAAACCAUCGCCGGGCGGAGAUCGCGUAACGUCGCGCCGUGGAACCGGCCCGGAAGGACAGUGACGCACGCCGUACGGACAAGAGGACCGCACAACCAACCCACCUCCUGUACGGUUGAGGACCAAUACUUCACCAUGCUCGUGGGUUCAGUGCUGGCAAGCGAAGCGGUCGCAGUGCUCGGAGGGCUGGUUUUACAUAUCACCCCCUGCCACUGAUGUCAGCCGUGGCCGGGAUUGAACUCGGCUCGCUGGGUCGGUGGCGUAGUGUGCAAUCAACUCCAAGACACCUCCCUCUUCUCCUCUGCCGUGUGUCGGUGCUUUGCCCCAGAGACAAUUUUAAGGAACGUGAAGAUGUUUCAAUGGUGCGCAGUCACAUGCACUCGCGUGUCGGUAUUUCUUGAAAACCAAAAACAGAAAAUCAGAUAACCGAGAAAAUCGCGAUGCUGGUUAAGCAAUAUUUAUUUGAACUAUUUUCAUAAAUGUCUCGUAGAUGUCACGGAAAAAUAGGAUUUUUUCUAAACGUCUUGAGCGUGCGGUCAAAAAUGGGAAAUGAAGGUUUGUUGUGGUGUGGGUUUUUAGCCACAAUUUUUUGAAGUUAAUAAAAAAACCCAGAAUUAUUAUUUUUUACAAAUGUUGACUAAGGUUCCAGGAUUUGUUUUUUUUCCUCUUGUUCUUUGUUUUCUUCUUGUCCGCUGCUGGUGUCUUGGCUGUCCCCGUCUUGGGCCUUGCACCAGCAUUCUGUGCAGCCCUGCACACACAAACAACCCCGCCAUAAAGUGCCUUCUUUGACUCAAAGACAAAUAUACAAUGCAACACUUGAGAGGUGGCUGGGGGUGCAUCGUGAAUAAGGCUGUGCACGUGUCAAAAGGUUUGUACGAUGUCUACAUGCGUGUAAGGCUUCACACGUAACCUACAUACGUGUGCAAGGUGUGCCAUUGUGAACUUCUCGAUGCCAUUAGGUAUUGAACGUGGCCACGGCCACACGGUGUCUGCGAUAGAAGGCUGCGUAGUAGAUAUGCGAGGUGGCCAAGUGGUUCAGGAAAAUAAUUGCUGUGCCCUUGUCAGAAGCUGGCACCACUGACGUCCUAGUUUUAAAUCCAGUACUCCACAAUAUGCACGUCAGACGCAUCAGUGACUUAACGAAAAUAAGUUGGCUUGGGUAGGAUACGUCGCUAGAUGGGAUGGCCGGGACUAACAACGGAGUGGCAGCCGAAGGAGGCAUCGUGCCCCAGCGAACACCCAACGGACACCCAACAUGGAGACGGAGCUGUGGAAUCGGCACGUGUGUAAGUGCAAGAUCGAUUGUUGCAUUGCAGGAUCAUGAGAUGUGACGGUGGCCUGGGGGAGGCCUUCAUCCGGCACUGGAUUGAUCUUGGCUGAUGAUGAUUUCCACAAAAAUAAACCCAUCGUCUUGGGUAGUGCUCUUAGUAGUCUUGCAUCAAAACAAAAUAAACAAUUGUGAUAAAGUUUAACUCUCCAGUGCUUAUUUGGCAGCUGAGGGUUUAAGUUUAGCGGGCACAAAGAUGGGACAUUUAAGAUUAUCUAGCAAACAGCUUAUUACACACAGUGACAUGGCUCUGCUGCCGCUAGGUUCAAGAAUGGAUACGUGCUUUGUUCAAUAGCAGCACAAUUGGGAAUUGAUUAUUAUUUGUAAAUUAAAGUAAGCAAUGAUAACACUACACACAACCUGAACAGAAUUAUGGAUUUUUAUUGCAUCUAAAUGAGACUACAUCUCAGAAUGCUCUACAGGAACAGUAUGCAUAUGUAUUUUACAGGAAGAGGCAGUCAGGAUUCCAGAGCAGGGUCUUGGAGUCUGGACUUGAAUGGGGCAGUGGGGGAGGGUGUUGUAGUCAGGAGGGAGGGAGAGAAUGUGCUUUCUAGACUAUCGGGGUUGGGUGGUUGGAGCAGCCGUGGCGGACGAGUGAAGUCCCACGUUACCUGCCCUGCGUUUUCGUCGUUGCUGGGUUCAGGAUGACCACCUCGUCCUCCUCGCUGUCAUCCGAGCCCAGACUCUUGUCCGCUGAAAAAAAUAUUAAUCAAUUUGAGAGAGAAAAAAUCGUGCGUACGCGUGGAUUCCGUAACGCUAUCCAACAUGCGUUCUUGGAAAUGGUCAUUCUUGCCCGGGUUUGAUUAUUGGAUCGUAUGAGUGUUACCGUGCCCCCCCCCUCCGGCCCUUUGUGGAUUAAGGGAGGGAGCUGAUGAAUAAACACUUUCUACCUUGGUUGUAAAGCGUCCCGAAAAAAAUGUAAAGUUAUAUUUUCUCAAAUGUUACUGGAAAUACUACUCAAAGUGAAAAUGACUGCUAAUUUGCACAUUAUUUAAACCCGUACAGAUGAAACUCUGCAGGAGGUGUAAACUACAUAUCGUUUCUCAAUGGAAUCACACACGUGGUUAAAUAAAUGUGACUUGUUGUGAGCAAAGAGGUUUAUACUGUUGAAUAAAUAUUGCCUAAAGUG